CCCUAGUUUUACCUAUACCAUUCAAAGGAACGAGCUAGAGAGGAGAGGGGAUUGAAAAGCUAGGUAACAGAAGACAGACAAGGAAAGGAUGGUUUGGUGCAUAAAGAACGGAACGAUCUACAACACUAGCUUUGCGGAUGUGUUGGAGCCGGAGUUGAUGUGGGAAUUGAAAAAAGUAUCUCGCGAUGUUAAGAUCGUUGAGGACGAAUUUGAUGAGCACGGGCGGCCCAAGGUCAAAAUUGUUUACUUGGACCCUAGAGGUUGGUCCGGUAACUAUCUGAAAACAAACGUGUGUACAGGUUCCUCAUGCAGUGCGAGAAGAAGAUGAUCGCCAAGCUUAACAAAAAUCAAGCCCUUGAGGCGCAGGUGCAGCCUCCUCGGAUGAUUAUCGUGACGCAGGACAGGGACUACUGGCCUGGAUCGGAGAAAGAUCCUGAAGCAAUGAGAAGGCGAGCUAUCAAAGAAAAGGCUUUUGCGGAGAUUUCACAAGGACGACACAUGGGUUAUGUGCGUCCUGGUUAUAUGUUAAUCAAUGUGCCUCCCAAUCUGGAUGAUGACUACAGCGACGUCUGUGGGCGUGGCCUCGACUUCUACGACCGCGCGUACUGCCAACGGUUUUUCGACCCGUCUCUGCCUGGCACCAAAUUCAUUCUAGACAACUAUGACCAGAAGGAACUCGAGGACGGUUUUGGAGGUCUUGAUGUAGGCCAUUGCAGAGAUGAUGGGAUGGGAGUACCCAUGAUGGGGUUAAGUUUACGGAAAAUCUGUUCUUUUGCCGUCUUUGCUUUGAUACUAAACAGUAACUUUACGAACUUGUGCUUUUUCAUGGUUAUGAGGCUGUAGGCAAAGAAAGCUAUACGGUGUUACUUUUAUCGGCAUCUCUCUAUAUCUCUCAACAUAUCCUUGAUGUGCAAAACCCAUAGAACUCUGGUCUAGGGAUUGCCUACUUUUUUUUUUAUUUUUUCCUUUCAGCUCGACAAUGAAGUACUACUGUAUAGUGUGAACUAGUUCUGGGAGCCUGGGAUUGCCUUUAACAUGUACAUGGAAUCUGCUCCUGUACAGUACUGAUAUUCGGAAAAUAGAGAUCCUUGUUAAGUGCUAUAUUGAGAUGAAAUUAAUUUUCUUUGA